CACUCCUUCGUCAAAGUCAGAGGCGACUCAAUUUCUUGAUCAAGCUCGCUUCCAUUCCAAUCGCGCGCUCGGACACUUUUCCCCCUUCCCUCCCACCCCCGUCUCGCGCUUCCCGAGUCUCUCUUUGACCCGACUUUCACCAGCGAGCACACGCUAGCUACUCCAAGUACACCCCCGAGGGACCUGUCUGCGUGAACGCGCGCAAAGCUUGGUGUUCUCAGCAUGAGCUCGCCUCGUUACUUGCGGCUCGGCGAUGUCGUGUCGCUGUAUGCCGAGGGCCAAGUCAAUGGCUUUAUCAGCACUCUAGGCCUCAUUGAUGACCGCUGUGUGAUUCAACCCACUGCCGGCGACACCAAUAACAUUCCCAAGAAGUUUCGAGACUGUCACUUUAAAAUCUACCCCAUGCAUCGCUACAAUGCCCAGCGCCAAUGGAAGAAAGCCAAGGCCAGCUCGAACACUCUAUCGGACAUUGUGCUGUUGAAAAAGCUGCAGCACGCAGCCGAGCUUGAGCGAAAGCAAAACGAGCAAGAAGACGAUCGGGCUCUUGGUCAAGUCAUUCAAUACGGCCAGUGUAUUCAGCUCCUGCACACAAAAAGCAACAAGUUUGUCACGGUAAAUCAGCGACUGCCCGCAUUACUGGAAAAGAACGCCAUGCGCGUGGUGCUGGACACGGUCGGAAAUGAAGGCUCGUGGUUUACCAUCAUGCCCUUUUACAAGCUGCGCUCGGUCGGCGACGAAAUUCUGAUUGGCGACAAGGUCUUGCUGGUGUCUACGAACGCCCAGCAGCCAUUGCAUGCGAGCAGCUGCAACUUGCCCGACCACGAGUCUUGCUUGGAGGUGAAUAUUGCCAACGUCAAGACACCGUGGAAGGUCUCGCUGUUUCUCGAGCACCACCCCAACGCCGAGAACGUGCUGAAAGGAGGCGAUGUUGUGCGUCUGUUCCAUGCCGAGCAAGAGAAAUUCUUGACGUGCGACCAGUACGAAAACUCGUUGUGCGUCUUCUUGCGUACGACCGGUCGAACCUCGAAAACGGCUGCAACCACGUCGCAGGCGCUGUGGGAAAUUGAAGUCGUGCACGAAGACCCGUGUCGCGGCGGUGUAGCCACAUGGAACAGUCUGUUUCGCAUCAAGCACCUCGCCUCUGGCGAGUAUCUGGCCGCCCAGGAGGACAACGAUCCGACGUUUGAUUCGACGCGCGAAAAGCUCCGGGGCACGCGAGACGUGGCCCACCACCUCGUCACCACGCGCGACCGGCACGAUCUCGCCUCCAUCUUUGAGCUCGACCCGACGACCAUCCAAAAGGCAGACGAAGAGGUGGGCAAGUCUGCCUACGUCCGGCUCAAGCAUUUCUACUCCAACACGUGGGUCCAUUCGACCGCCAUUCCCAUUGACAAGGACCAGGAAAAGCCAAUCAUGCAAAAAGUCGGCGCCGCCUCCAUCCGCGAGGACAAGGAGGCGUUUGCCGUGGUGCCCGUUGCUGCCGCCGAAGUGCGCGACCUGGACUUUGCCAACGACGCCAGCAAGCUGCUCAAGGGCAUUUCCAAGCGCCUCGCCAAGGGAGACCUCACGCAACGCGAAGCCAAGCUCGCCACCAAGAUUCUUUCCGACCUCAUCUUUUUCGUGCUCAACCAGGAGAACAUUGGCAUGGAUCCGCUGACCGCCACUGGCAAGCCCGACCGUGAUCGGCAAAAGCUGAUGCGCGAGCAGAACAUUUUGAAGGAAAUUUUCGCGUUGCUCAAGGCGCCGUUCGUCGAAAGCGGCGGCGUCAUGCUGCCGCUCUCCGAGGUGGGCGACAAGCAGCACAGUCCCAUCCGCAUGAUGUGUAAGCUUUGCUACCGCACGCUCCGCUUUUCGCAACAGGCCUACCGAAAAAACCAAGAGUACAUUGCCAAGUGGUUUGGCUUUAUGCAAAGCCAGAUUGGCUACGACUUGCUGGCCGAAGACACCAUCACGGCGCUGCUCAACAACAACCGCAAGCUGCUCGAAGCCAACAUCAAGCAGAAGGAGAUUGAUACCUUUUUGAAUCUGCUGCGCAAGAAUCGCGAGUGCCGCUACGUGCAAUACCUGACCGAUCUCUGCUCGAGCAACAACACGGCCAUUCCUGUGACGCAGGAGCUGAUCUGCAUUGCCGUGCUGGCUGACGAAAACAAGGACAUUUUCAUCGAUACAACCCUGGACAAGGAUGGGGAAGUGUGGCUCCAUUGGCUCCAACCCGUCAAGGACGGCAAUGUGUCGUCUUCGUCGUCAGCAUCCUCGAGCCCGUUCUCUGGCACGCCUUUGCAGCACUCUCCCCGCACCACCACCACCACCACCGUCUCUCCAGCCGCCGCCGCCGCCGCCGCCGGCACUGCCACAGCAUCUCUGGGCCCGUCCGCGUAUCCACGGCUCGUUGCGAAGCGCCUUGGCGACUUGGCGCGCGACGCCGAGACGAGCCACGAGGCUCGGGAUAGCCUCGCAUACUAUCGCGUCCAGCUCGACCUCUUUGCCCAGAUGUGUCUCGAUCGCCAGUACAUUGCCAUCAACCACCUCAAGGACAAGAUGCAUGUCGGCUUGCUGCUGCGCUGCAUUUCGAACGAGCGCCUUCCAAGCGACCUGCGCGCGUCCUUCUGCCAGCUCAUGCUGCACAUGCAUGUCGACUGCGACCCGCAGGAGACCGUGACGCCUGUCAAGUAUGCUCGUCUGUGGUCGGACAUUCCCGAAGGCAUCACCAUCGACACGUAUCUGAUGCCCUCUGCCGCCGGCUCGAGCGAAAUUUUCGGAGGCACCAAGCAGUUUGUCGGUCAGUACCUCAAGCUCCUCGAGGCAGACCAGCACCCGUUCCACUCUCGGGACAAGAACAAGCUCACCCUGGAAGUCAUCACGCUGACCCGCUACCUCGUCUACUUUGGAUUCUACAACUUCCGCGAGCUCAUUCAGCUCACCAAAGUCCUGUUGUCGAUUCUUGACGGUCGCAGCGGCACCGGCAGUCCUGGGCCAGCCACAACCAAUGCAAAUGGAACGACCAGCGGCAGUCGGCGCGCGUCCGCUGCCAACUUUGUGACGUCGGCAGUUUCCAAAACCAUGCAUGCUGCAGCUUCUGUCGUGACUGCUGCCGGCGAGCGCAAGUUGUCUGGCUCUGCUUCUUCUUCUGCUUUUGCUUCUGCUCCUUCGACUUCUGCCUCGGCUUCGGGUGCCUCAGACAGCAAAAGCGCUCCUUCACAAGCCCUCAACAGCUUGCAGUUGCCGUCCGUGUCCAUCGCUCCGCCAUCGCCGCUCCCGCUCCAGAAUCACAGCCCCGACACAUCUGCGUCGCGCUCCCGCUCGUCCUCCAACAACGGCUCGGACGUAUUCUUUGGUCUUCCGGCGGCCUCGACCAGUAGCGCUGCUACUUCGGCAACCGUCGCCGAAUCUGCACCCGCUUCCCCGUCCACCCCUUUCAAGGGGCGAACGUCGCCUUCGCCAGCAACCUCUCCCUUGUCACCCGACACCUCUUCUGAAAAUGUGCGCGGCCAAUCACCUUCCACGUCGGUGACCUCGACACCCUCCAUCGCGGCCGGAGUGCGGUCGGCAGGUCUGGGUGCAUUGAUUGGCGGCCCAUUGGCUCUUGUGGGUGCCAAAAAGGUUGGGUUUUCCGGACCGAAGGAAGAAAGCAACGAGAAGGAUGUCACCGUGAUGAACACCAAGCUGAAGAUUAUCGAGAUUCUCGAAUUCAUCAGCGAUGUUCGGCUCGACUUUCGCAUUUCCAACCUGCUGGUCAUUUUCAAGUCGCAGGAUGCCCGGCGCAAGGAGUCGGCUGGCGAGGCUGGUAUGGAUGAGAACGCGCAGCUGCUGCCUUCGCUCCUUCGUGCGCGUGAGCGUGCCGGUCGUCCGCCGCCGUUUGAAAUGAAGCGUGCUCGCAGCACCUCUGGGCUUGGCGUGGCUCACGAAGGCGCAGUGGGUAUUGGCGUGGAAACUCCCUUUACUACGUCCCUUGCCCCUCCCCCUCGCCUUCCGUCUGUGUCGGUGGAAGGUCCGGAUUCGGCCACUCCAGUCCCCGUGCCAGUCACCGGCCCAACUGCAACUGCAACUGCCGCGCCACCAUCGCCUGCCAAGCCAAGUUUUGCAGCUCUCUCAGCCAAGGCCAAGGCACAGGGUGGCCAAAGCCGUAGCACCUCUGAAUCCAACUUGUUUGCCACCACUGCGCCGGCCCUGCUGCCGGGCACCACGCCGGCCACGUCGUCGGCAUCAUCGUCGGCAUCAUCGUCGUCGUCGUCCAGUGCCGCUGGUAAGCCAGCUGGUGUGGCUCCGCCUGCUCCUGCCGGGCAUUUCUCGCAGGCAGUGCGCGACCUCUGGCAGGACGUGCGCAGCGCCGUCCAGCCUGCAGACAAGGAAGAAGCGCUCGCCGAGAUUUCCGCCAUUCCCGAGUCCAAGAUUGUUGAGGAUGCCGAAAAAAUGUUUGACACGACGUGCACGAUCGGCUCCAUUUUGGAUUUCGACGGCAAGGACGGCACGAUGCUCGUUCGCGUCUUGUUGGACUUGUGCAUGCACGACUUCCGCCCGCUCGCGUCAGGCGCCCUCCGGCUGCUCUUCCGCCACUUCAACCAGCGUGACGAGGUGCUGCUUUCAUUCAAGCAGGUGCAGCUGCUCGUCUCGUCCGAGGACGUUGACAACUACAAGCAGAUCAAGGCCGAUCUCGACCGUCUUCGCGUCAUGGUCGAAAAGUCAGAGCUCUGGGUGUUUAAGGCCACGUCCAAUCCUGACGCGGACGACGACAAGGCUGAAGGCGGCAGUGGUGGCGGUUCCACAAGCAGCGGCAAGACCAAAAUCGCCGAUGCGGACCAGGCCGCUUCAGGCGAUCCACUGAAGAGUGACCCGUCCGCAGCUGCCUCGGCUGCCACAACCGACGCCAAACUCGGCAGCUCCAAGUCGGAAGGCGGAAAGAAGGCAGGCGAGGACAACUACACCAAGAUCAAGAAAAUCCUCACCCGGCUCAAGGCGUUGUGCGUCACUGUUGUCUCUGACACUGCAGGCGACUCGUCAAGCAAGCCGACGACGGCGACGACGUCAGGCAACGCCUUCUUUGGAAGUAAGCCGUCUCCUGCCUCUCUGCUGAGCCUUGCUGCGCAAGCGUCCAAGACUGCUCCGGCCUCUGCCGCCGGUACUCUGUCGGCGACCGCUUCUGGAACCGGCCACGCUCCCUUGUCGCGCUCGGCGUCCUCCGAGUCCAACUCUGGCAACGCUUCUCUUCUCGUUCCUGGCUCGGGCUCGGCGGGCUUGUCGACCGAUGACACGCUCGCAGUGUCUCCCACGUCGUUGUCGUCGUCCUCGUCCCCGAGCGGCUCUGGUCCUCCCUCGCCCAAUCCCACCCUCGAGCGGCCCAAGAUGAGCGUGCCGAGCGCGCCCGUCAAGCGCAACAACAAGCAAAACCAGCGAUUGCUGCGCAACCUUGGCGCGCACAUGCAAGUGCUGGAACUGCUGCGCAUUCCGCACGACGUGCAGGACGAUCAGAUGAAGGACUUGUUUGGCGUUGCGCACGAGUUUCUGCAAGAUUUCUGCUUUAGCAACCCGCAAAACCAGGCGCACCUGCAUCCGUUUGUGGACUUUUUCAUGGACGAAAUGUCGCACUCGCGCUACGCUGGUGAGACCAUCCGCCACAUCUACCUCAACAAUCUGGCCCUCUGCAGCAACGUGAGCGAGAAGGUGGUUGGUCAUUUUGUGAGCUGCAUUGAGCAUAUGGGCCGGCAGGUCCAGUUCUUGCAAUUCCUCAAAGACCUUGUGCGCGUCGACGGCAUGGCGCUCCGGCGGACGCAAGAUUUGGUCAUGAGCGCCCUCGUCAAUGCUGGCGAGGAUGUUUUGGUCUUUUUCAACGACAACGUCUCCUUCCAGUACCUGGUGGAGCUCAUGCAGACGCGCGACCAUCUGACGAAUGAGCGUAGCGAGCUGUCCUACCACAUUGCGCUGAUUGAGCUGCUGGCUGCCUGUACGGAGGGCAAGAAUGCCAACACCGAGAUCAAGUGCCAGUCGCUCGUGCCGCUCGACGACAUUGUGCGCAUUGUUUCGCACGAGGCGACCAUUCUCGAGGUGAAGCGUGCGUACGUCGAGUUCCUCAACCACUGCUACUCUGACACGGAGGUCGAGGUCAAGGACAUUGCCACGUCGCCGCACAUGUGGACGCUGUUUGACGCGUUCGUCCGGGAUUUGGCCCGAGCUGGCGAUGCAGCGUACGAAGGCGACAAUGGCAUCUUGAACGCGUACAUUUGCGAACCCCUCUGCUUCUGCGUGUCAUUCUGCUUCAGCCCGCAGAACGCCGGCACGGCGCUCGGCAUUACGACCCGACACGCGCUGUUUGUCGAAAUGAUUCGCUCUCUGUACCUCAUUGUCAAGGCGCCCUGGAUUUACGGCCGCUACAAGGGCCGUGUUGAGGAUACUCUUCGCGUCGUCACCCUUCUUGCGCAGGAAGAACGCAUCCCACUUGGGGACGCGCUCGAGUCUGGCGUUGCAGAGUGCCUGUCGCAGAGCAAGGUGGCCAAGAAGGGCGUCGAUGGUUUCCUGAAGGCACUUCGCACCCGCAAGCGAUCGCCCAGCUUUUCUGCCAAAUCCCAGGAAGCCGAAAAGGCUCGCCACAUUGUCGAAGGGCUCCAAGAGUACGUGGAGGCGCUGGAGAAGGAGAUGCGCAGCUUGGUGGCCGCCGAGUUUGCCGUUCUGGUUGAAAUUCUCCAACAUCCCUUCCGGCUCACGAGCACGCAACAGCCCCUGUCUUCGAGCAAGCUUGCCACCAAGCUCAUCAACCACACCAAGACGCUCGGGCAGAAGGAGAAGCAGCUGUGCGUGCACGUGUUGACGACACUUCGCCGCAUGAUGGCUCCCCAACGCUUUGACGGUCGUGCUCAGUUGCUCAUCCAGCGCGAGUCGACAAAGUACUUUGGCGAGCCUCGUCUGCGUCACACAACCCAGUCAGAAACCCAAAACGCCCUCGAUGCCAACGGCGCGUCCAGCCUUGUGAUUGACCUGGUGACGGCGAACGACGAUCCGAUGGUCUUCCUCGAGUCGCUUCGUUUGGGCAUUGCGCUGCUGGAAGGCGGCAACCACACCAUCCAGACGUCCUUCCUGCACCGCUUCAACUCUGCUGGAGCCGAGGCGUUCUUCCGACAAAUCCAAAACCGCAUGGGCCAUUCCAUGGUGGAGCUCAAGAGUGGCUACAACAUGAGCCGCACCGAGUCUGCCGACCCUGCGGAGGUGGCUGCCGCUGGGCCGAACGAAUACGUGGUGAUUGAGUCCAUUUUGCGAUUUUUGCAGCUGCUCUGCGAAAACCACAACAUUGAGCUGCAGCACUGCAUUCGCCGGCAGCAGCACUCUCGCACCUCGUACAACCUCGUGCACGAGACGCUGCAGUAUCUGGACUGCAUUUGUGGCUCGACCUCGGGCGGUCUCGGUCUGCUUGGCUUGUUUAUCAACGAGAGCAACAUUGGCAUCAUCAACCAGUGUCUCAUUUCGCUCACAGAGUACUGCCAGGGUCCAUGCCCAGAAAACCAGGACUGCAUUGCGUCGCACGAGACGCACGGCAUUGACAUUGUGCUUGCGCUCAUUCUCAACGAGAUCAAUCCGCUGGGCAAAGAACGCAUGGAUUUGGUCGUGACGCUCAAGAACAAUGCGGCCAAGCUCCUGCUUGCCGUCAUGGAGUCGAGACAAACGACCGAAAUGAUUGAUCGGAUUCUCUUCAACCUGGACGCGCCCCAGCUGCUCAACAUGGUCAACCACGUCUUCCGGCUGUCGCAGGCGUGGGCGGCCAACCCGUCGCAUCGUCAUCUGGCAGCAGAAGAGGUGCGUGAAGUCGGUCACAACUUGUUUGUGCUCGCUCACAAGCUGGCCCAACACUCGCCCGCACUCGCGACCGCCAUGCGCGACAACGUUGGCGAGGCGUUCAAGUACUUCCCGGAGCACACUGGUCAAGUGGAGAUUGUCAAGAGCGACAAGCUCGAGCGCAUCUACUUCCCCAUCCCCCCGGUGUGCCGCUUCCUGACUGAGGAGAGCAUGGUUGACAUUCUCAUGAAUGUCCAGCGUGACGAGCAAGGCUCCAAGGUGGCCGACUUUUUCUCGCGCACCGAUGACCUGUAUCACGAGAUGAUGUGGCAAAACGAGCUGCAAAAGAAACGCGUCUUGUACUGGUUUAGUCGCAACUUUGCGCGCUGGACAACCCUGUCCUUUGUGCUUGCCAUUCUGAUCAACGUUCUGAUUGCGCUCUUCUACCCGCUGGAGAACUUUAUGGGCAAGGACAUCCCGGUCGUUAUGGACGAGUUUGGCUCGGCUGUGGUCGCCGAGUGCUAUACUGACGCUGUGGGAGGUGGAGAACUCUGUUCCGAUUCCGCUGCCGAGUCGUCAGGGUACGCUGGUAGCGGCGGCUUUGCAUCACUCUCUCCCACGGCUGCAGCUGCCGCCGCUGCCGCUGCUGCCGCGGCUGCCUCUGGCAGCAUGAGCAGCCUGUCCCCCUUCCUCGGCCUGCUUAUUCUGAUUUUGAUCACAGUGCUCGGCAUUGUUCAGAUUGUCAACUCUGUGACCAUUCUGGUGUCCUACCUCGGCAACUAUGGCAUGCUCCUGCUCAAGAAGGGCGGAAUGCGGCAGCUGCUGACGGACGGCAUGCUCUUGUACUAUGCCUCGUACCUGGGUAUCUGCAUCAUCGGUCUCCUGUUCAACCACUUUGUCUACUCGCUGCUGCUGCUCGACAUUGUCGUGCGCGAAGAAACGCUCAAGAACGUGAUUCGCUCCGUCACACGCAACGGCAAGAGUAUCGUGCUCACGGCUGUUUUUGCGCUGAUUGUCGUCUACAUGUUUUCGAUUGUCGGCUUCCUCAUCUUCCGCGACGACUUCGUGGUCGAGACGGAUGUGGAUGGCGGCGAGAUGGAGCGGUCGUGUGAUUCGCUGCUCCUUUGUAUCGUCACGACGCUCAACCAUGGCUUGCGCAACGGCGGCGGCAUCGGUGACGUGCUGCGCCAAAAGUCAAAGGACGAGCCGCUCUUCACUGCGCGUGUCUUUUACGACCUCAUGUUCUUCUUCGUGGUCAUUAUCAUUGUGCUCAACCUCAUCUUUGGUGUCAUUAUCGACACGUUCGCCGACUUGCGCGCCGAGAAGAACGAAAAGGAAGAAAACCGUCGCAACACGUGCUUCAUUUGCGGCCUGGAUCGGUCGGCGUUCGACAACCGCGGCGUCACGUUCGAGGAGCACAUCAAGGACGAGCACAACUUGUGGAAUUACCUCUACUUUAUUGUUCACAUCAAGGGCCAGGACCCGACCGAGUUUACCGGCCCGGAGAGCUAUGUGAGCAACAUGAUUGGCUUGCGCAACUUGGACUGGUUCCCGCGUCUGCGCACCAUCUCCCUGACGCAAGACACGGACGAAACAGACACAAACGAGCUGCGCCAGCUCCGCACGCAGCUCACGUCCACGAACGCGCUUGUCGUGAGCCUGUCCCAGCAGCUGGGUGAGAUUCGCGACCAGCUCAGCGAGCAGCGCAAAAACUCUCGCCGAGAUUCGCUCAAGCGACACGACACACGCUCACUUGCGCCACCCACCAUCAUGCUCCCCGUGGUGGAAGAGUCCGUCUCUGGCUCGCCGGCUGACAGCGUCAAUGGCUCCACCACUCGGCUCGCCGAUCUCGGAAAGGAUGUUUCGUCUGGCUCGGGCAUCCCUUUUGUCGCGCCGCCUGCUGCCAAUGGUAAUUCUGCCGCUGCUGCCGGUGCCUCGACCAGUGUUGCUGCCAAUAGCCCUGGUCCUGCGUUUGUUGGUCCUGCAGCAGCAGCGGCGGCGGCAGCAGCAGCGUCCCUGUCGGCUGGCUCCCGCCUCUCGUUGGGCGGCAGUCGUCGUCGCAAUACGUUCCUGUUCCAGCAGCACUCCACCCAGUCCGAUUCGUUUGUUGAAGAUUCCAAUCCUUCCAGCAACCGAAACAGUCUGAUUUCUGCUGACGAUUAGUCUGUUUUGGGGGGAGUCUGACUUGAGGGAGCUGCUGCUGAUAGCGACUUGUUGCUGUUGUUGUUGUUGUUGUUGUUGUUUUAUUUGGUGUUGUUGUUGUUUUAUUUGGUGUUUUAUUUGUUGUUAUUGUUG